UUAAUUCCGCACGGAAAGCGUGAGAUGAGAAACACGGCGGUGUUCGAGCCGCAAUGGCGCUCACAGUCUGACAAUCCGCCGCCGUGUUCUCAUAUUCUUCACUGCCACAUGUAACGCACGUGUCGUCCGGUUCCAGGAAAUGCACAAGGGUUAACUGUUUGUGCGCCGGAUCCGAGCCUGGCUCUCGAGACCGUGAUCAAACUAUUUACACGUCAAUAAGACGCGAAACUCAACUUUCGAGCAAUGCGAUCUGAGUGGCAGUGAAAACAGGCGGAGAAAGAAAGAGAUGUGAAACGGGUGGGAUUUUGCUGUGCACGAGACUCCCGGAAGGUAAUCCAGGUCGGGUGUUGUGUCUCGCGCGCAUCUCCGGUGUUGUGACUCCCCGCAGCAGAGCGAGGCGGAGGCGCUGCCCGACUCUCAGCCAUUUCUACAAGUUCCUCUUCAACUUCUUUCCCCCUUCUUUUAAAAACACACAGGAGGAAACAAACAAAAAAAAGAUGGCUGAUUAUGCGGACGACACCGGAGCGCGCGCUCUGCUGGCCCUGAAGUCCGCGCCGUGCAGUCCGGUAAGAGGAGCGAGUCCACCAGCGGCGCACGCGCUCUCGCUCUCCAUUUCCCCUGCGCCCGCGCCUCUUCCGGCGCAGGCCGCGCUCGCGCGCCUCCACGGCCGCGACUUUGAGUUCGUGAUGCGGCAGCGCGCCGUCACUGUGGGACGCAACUCGUCACACGGAUCCGUGGAUGUCAACAUGGGCCACUCGAGCUUCAUCUCGCGGCGCCACCUGCAGAUCACCUUCGAGGAGCCCGACUUCUACCUGCGCUGCCUGGGCAAGAACGGCGUGUUCGUGGACGGUGUGUUCCAGAGGAGAGGCGCGCCGCCGAUCCGCUUACCCACAGAGUGCACGUUUCGUUUUCCCAGCACGGUGAUAAAGAUCCAGUUUACUGCACUGUACCACAAAGGGGCACUGAAGGAAGAGUCGCCUGUGUCCCCGGUGAGACCCCUGUACCCGCAGAUCUCGCCACUGAAAAUCACCAUUCCUGAAAACGACUUCAAAAGCAUGAGUCCCCCCCUGCCUUCACCCACAGGAACCAUCAGUGUACCUAACUCUUGUCCAGCGAGUCCUCGGGGUGCAGGCUCCUCUGGCUACCGCUACGGACGCAACAUAACCUCGGACCUGCAGUUGGCGGCUGAGUACGCAGCCAAAGCUGUAUCAGAGCAUCGCACAGAGGCGUCAGAUAGAGACAGCCCCAAGGAUGAGUCCAAGCCCCCGUACUCGUAUGCACAGCUGAUUGUACAGGCCAUAUCUUCGGCUCCGGACCGACAGCUGACGCUAAGUGGCAUCUACGCCCACAUCACCAAGCAUUACCCCUACUACAGGACUGCGGAUAAGGGCUGGCAGAACUCCAUCAGGCACAACCUGUCGCUGAACCGCUACUUCAUCAAAGUGCCACGCUCUCAAGAGGAGCCAGGGAAGGGCUCAUUCUGGCGCGUCGAUCCCUCGUCAGAGGCCAAGCUGGUGGAGCAGUCCUUCCGCAAACGCCGUCAGAGAGGCGUCUCCUGCUUCCGGACACCAUUUGGUCCACUUUCCUCAAGGAGCGCUCCAGCUUCACCCACCCACUCUGGCCUGCUGUCUCCUCACUCGAGCGGCCUGCAGACCCCUGAGUGUCUGUCUCGAGAGGGUUCACCCAUUUCCCAUGAGAAUGAGUUUAGCACCAAGCUGGCGUCGGUGCCCGAGUUCAGAUACUCUCAGAGCGCCCCAGGCUCUCCGGUGAGUGCACAGCCCGUGAUCGUGGCCGUGCCUCCUCAGCCCUCGGCAGCGGUAGCAAAGCCCGUGGCCUACAUGCCCGCUUCCAUCCUCACCUCGCAGCAAGCCUCUGGUCAGGCUGUGCAUGUGCUCCAACAAGCUCCAGCUGUCACCAUGGUGCGGGUUCUCAACACCGCCUCCAGCUCCGCCAACGGAUACGUCCUGGCGAACAUUGGCACCGCGCCAGCCGGGGAGAGUUCUGGAGAACUCCGAGGUGUUCUGGAGGAGAUGGCAGCCCCCACAUCCAUCCCUGCGGGCAGCCGAGUGAUUCAGUCUGUAGGGAGCCACUUGAGUUCAGCCUCUAGAGGGCAGCAGAGUUACACUGUUCUGCAGGCCACUUCCGUGCCUUUGGGUCAGCACCAGCUCCCAGUCCAGACCAUCACCCAGAACGGCAAACACGCUCUGCCCACUACCACCAUCUCCCCCAACACUUAUGCUCUCACCAGCCCUCUUCAGAUCCUGGCAGCGCAGGCUUCCACCUCGCCCCCGGUGCUAGUGAACAGGCCUUCCAGUGUGGAGAGGGAGGAAGCGGGUGUGCAGGAGCCUGACACCAAACGACCCAAGAUGGAGGAUGACGGCGUGGUGUCUGUCCCCAAACCUGUCAUCGUAGCGAUGACCCCAGAGGCCAGUGACUGAGUGAGGGAGGGAGGGAGUGAGUGAGUGGAGAAGAUGGUUAAAGCAAGCCCCCAAAAAUAGUGUUAGCACAACGUGCCAUUGUUAUAGAGGGGAAUUUGAGGUUUGGUGUUUGUUUUUGUUUGUUUUGUGGGGUUUUUUUUUUUUUUUUUUGGGUCGUCAUUUUCUUUUCUUUUACUAAGAACUUCAGUUUUUUGUGAGAGAACAAGCCCUGACGGAGUGUGCAUAUUAAGGACAGGUAGGAGAUAAACGCAUUAUCCUUUAAGCCUUAAAAAAAAAAAAAGUCAGUGCUGAGACGGUUUUAAUUUUGUGGGUUUCUUUAAAGAGGAUGGGAAUUGGUCUCUUAAAGCUAUUCGAGAGGUGAAAUGCACACACAAGGCAACGUGCUGCCGUGUAGUUCCUCACAAGGUACAGUCAAAAGCAGUACUUACUCCAGGUUGGGGCGGGACCAAUAAAAUGAUAACUAAGCAGCUACUUCUGUAUGGGAGCACUGACCUCUCAGAAUUGAAGCAUUAUGUAUUAAGCUCAUUGGAGACUCUUGUCACGGGUUUCUGUCAUCUCCAGGGGAACCUUGGAUUUAUUUAUGAUUCUGUGCUUUAAUUAAGCAUGGGUUAGAAACACCAUCACCAUCUGAUAAAAUUGGAUUGUAAACUAAUAACUAAAACUUCUUCGAAAACAACGAUUUCGAAAAAAAAAAAUCCUACAUUUCAAGGCCUUCUUCAAGCCUUGAGCUCUUUAACAUGCUCUCAAGUAUUUUUCUAUGGCGGGCUGUGACCUUGCGCAUGUAGAUGUUGUAAAGAGAAAUGUCUAGCACAUGUCUGUCUGGGAAUUUAGUCUGCAAACCUAAAACAAACUCAAUGAAUGUAUGUAGCUUGUGUUUUCUUUUUUUCAUUGUUCACGGCUCCCUCUCGACUAAAUGCGCGUGAAGAAAUUAGAAUGUGGCGUCCUUAAGGUUUUACGUUCUCGUUUAAAAUGAUAAAUAGGAGAUAGAUAACCCUAGGGUUAGAUGUACACCUGGCCAUCCUCUGUGUGCUUUAUAAUGGCUAAGAAUUACAUUACCUGGUUAGGUAUGUAUUAUUGAAUGAAUAAUAAUAUUUAAACCAUACACAAAUUAGAAAUACUGGUAUGUUUCAUUAUUACGAGGGGCUACUGAUAACCAAAUAUGUUCAUUUCUAGUUUUAAAGACCCAGGAAUGUAAGAAUGUAACGAUUCAUGUUAGUUAAUUAAUUAUCAGAGAGGCUACUUUUCCACUGUCCGCCUUCCCGUGAUCUUCGAACGAUGCCGGGAGGUACGUAAUGAAUGUUAAACUUUUUUUUUUUUUCCUAAACGUGAUAUUUUUACAAAUAAAAAUACAAACACGGGUGUUUGACAAUCACUAACAUGAUGGUGUCAGUUCCCACUUUAUAAACGAUAUAAAGAAGUAUUGGAAACAUCUCGCAAUAAUGAACCUGAGAAAACACUCUAAAAGACCAAAAUAUAUAUCCACUCGAUUAGUGCCUUGAGCUCUGUAGCAAAGAUUCUGCUUCAAACUCUACCACCUGCUGCUUGGAAGUUAAAACACUGAAGCUUUUUCACUCUUCAGGGUUAGAAUGACUCAAUAACACUGUCUGAUCUGUAGAAUGAACUCGAAAUAUGGUCAGAAGUUUAGUUUAGUUUAAUGCUUUGUGAUCAAAAGAUCCGAAAACUUAUUUCUUAUAAAGCAUAUAAUACUGAAAUAAUCAGUUUUAUCGCUAAAUCAAAAUAAGUUUGACUUCAACGUGAGAUAGGAGGUAUGGGGUGGGGGAGUGGAGGGAAAUAAUCAGGAUUUUUUUUUUUUCUUUUUUGUAUGCAAGUAAUAAAUGCAUUUCCCCCCCUCUUUUAGUUAAGUGUCGUCUUUAAUGCUCCUCUCAGAUCAGUAAAUCUACACCAAUAAAAAACAAAUCACGCCAUUGACUCACUGAAACUCUGUUUUCAGUUUAGUUCAAACAAGCAUUAAGAGCAGUAAGUCAUUCAGGCUUUUAAACCUCUCAGUAAUUACUAAAAUAAAGUAAGCACUUGGUUGUAGAGUUGAGUUUCUAUUCUCCUUAAACCCACUGAAUAAACUUUUCACUGCCUACGAAA